AUGACUGUUCAUCUACCCCCUCAAGCAGAUUUCACCUUCACAUUCGGCACCUCGACUGCGAAACGCGUGUUCGCGUUCGCGCCAGCGACAGCGACAGCACCCCCAGAGGAUACCUUCUCUCGCCUGUUCCCAGAUGUUGCUGUCUUGGUCUUCGAAGAGCUCUCGUGUGUAGAUCGCCCCAAUCCCCAGUCCUUGGGCUGGAUGCGAGUGGCUCUAGUUAACCACCUUUGGCGCGCCACUAUACUCGGCAUGCCGCAGCUUUGGGCUCGCGACUUUCUCUCUCGGGGUUACAAAAGGGGACUUCAACACUAUUUAGCGCGCGCACAGGACCUUCCUCUGACGUUGGACCUGCAGUUACCCCGAGAGGUGCCGGAUUUGCGUCGCAUGCGGGAGCUUCUUCGACGUACUAGAGUUCUUUCGCGUUCCGGUGGCGACAAGGCUAUCCAGCAAUUGUUAGAGGAGCUACGCAGAUCGUCACUGCCAUUGCUGGAAGAAGUUUCUUUGUCUUGUCGCGAACAGGUCAGAGAACGGUUCUAUCUGAAGGAGAGUCUCUGCAUACAUCCCAACCUUCGUACUAUCUCUGCGCACGGCUGCUGUUUGCCUAUCCCUAACAUCAUAACUUCACUCUCAGUGAGCCUCCGUGGGUCGGAAAACCUAUCGGAUGCCACAAACCUGGGAAAGCUGUUGCAAACGCUCGCGAGCACACCUAAGCUACAAACGUUGACCAUCCAUUUUCAAGAGUUCAUCCGCGGUAUUUCUCCGACACCGACCAAUGUCCCGGGAGGCACGAUACGUCUCCCAGCGCUCACGGAAUUGGUCUUCAACGAUCCGAGCAUCCAUACAGGAGAGAUUGUGAUGACUGUCCUCAGGCGUCUUGAUAUGCCGUCCCUCAAGAGAGUGGACGUAAAACAGGCGUACAAGUACAAGCUCAUGAAUGGCGGUCCAGCGUUACGCCAUCACGACGCGGCGCGCGAGCUUCAGGAUCUGCUCUCGUACUUCGCGCCGGCACCAUGCGCCCGCGAUAUCACAUAUCUUGCGCUUGAGAGCUGCGCUCUCUUCAAGUCCGACGGUAAAGUCGUCCGGGACGAUGCCCAUACCAUGGCUAUUCAUAUGGGGACCGACCCUCCGACACGUCCAUCACCUUCACUCGUAUGGCCAGCAGGUUCAAGGAGCCUAUCGCUCAGUAUCUGCUACAAGCGCAAUCCUCGGCACUUCCCUCUCACAAUCGCGCAUGCUCUCGAGGCGAUAAAAUUCCCAUUCCACCUGAUCAAGGUGCUCGACAUCGACCUAUCUCCCUUCUUGGGGUUAUCCCUGAACGUUGAGCGCCUGUUAUUCCAAUGCGCCGAUGUCGAGAAGCUCAUCAUCGGACGCCAAAACGACCACGAGAGCGCGCAUGCAAUCUUGCAGGCAUUAACUCCGUCCAUCCCUGGCGACGCAAAUCCGUUCCGCGAACUACCGUUCCAAUCUGAGUUGCCAGUCCUUCUCCCGCGCUUGCGCACAGUCGAGCUCCCAAGCGGAAACGUCGAUCGCAUACACUUCGUCGAGCUCCUGACCGCACGCUACGUCCGCAAAGCACCACUUGGUCACUUCAUCAUCCCCGGCGAGGAGCUCGAGGCACGCAUCUCGAUGACCUUGCGAGGGUUGUCUGGAAUCCGUGGGAGAGUCGUAGGGCGAUUGUGUGGCUUCGCUGGGAGCGUUGGCGCGACAGUGACCGUCAAGGAUACGUCGCCAGAAGGCAAACCCGGGACAUGCCCAUCGGAGAUCCUGUUCAAUUACAGUCCAUCAGCCUGGACACUGUCGUUGAAUAGCCUGACUGUGUAG